AUGAUCAGGAGCCACGGCCAGUUUCUUGACUGCCGACCAGUCGGAGACGUUACGAAGGAGCGAGGCAAGCUCGGCCUCCGCAUCAUCGAGUCUCGGGGACGACACGAAGAUGCUACUCGCUCUCCUCACAUUCCUAUUGGCGUUUCCAUCAACAUCGGAGACCAUCACCUACCACCGCCUUCGAAGACUAACACCUGCCACCACCUUCGGAGACAACACCUACCACCAACUUCGGAGACAUCACCUACCACCACCUUCGAAGACCAACACCUACCACCAUCUUCGGAGACCACCACCUACCACCAAAUCGGAGACAUCACCUACCACCACCUUCGAAGACCAACACCUACCACCACCUUCGGCGACCACCAUCUACCACCACCUAUGGAGCCCAACAAAGCUACCACCACCUUCGGAGACCAACACCUACAUCACCUUCGGAGACAAUACCUACCACCACCUUCAAUUGGAGACCAACACCUACCACCACCACCUUCUGAGACCAGCACUUACCACCACCUUCGGAGGCAACACCUACCACCACCUUCGAAGGCAACGCCUACCACCAACUUUGGAGACAACACCUACCACCAACUUUGGAGACAACACCUACCACCACCUUCGGAGGCAACACCUACCACCACCUUCGGAGACAACACCUACCACCACCUUCGGAAACCAAUGCCUACCAACCACCACCGAGACAUACACCUACCACCAAUUUCGGAGACAACACCUACCACCACCUUCGGAGACAACACCUACCACCACCUUCGGAGACCAACACCUACCACCACCUAUGGAUACCAACACCUACCGCCAAUUUCGGAGACAACACCUACCACCACCUUCGGAGACAACACCUACCACCACCUUCGGAGACAACACCUACCACCACCUUCGGAGACUAAAGCCUACCACCACCUUUGGAGACCAACACCUACCGCCAAUUUUGGAGACAACACCUACCACCACCUNGGCCAGCGCGCUCGCCGGACUUAG